ACAUCCCUUUCCCAGAGUGCUCUGCGCCGUGAAGAAGCGACUCCCGGCGGCUGGGGGCAUUUUGUGUUGGCUGGAGCUGGAGGGACAAGAUGGCGGCGUCGGCGGAGUGACAGGGGUCCCCUCCGGGCGGGAGCCGGCGACAGGGCCUAAGUCACCGCGCCCUCUUCCCUGCCAGCGACGCGUCGCCGCGAGAGCGAGGCCACGGCGGCCGCCCAGAGGCUAGCGGCCCCGUCUAGUAGCCGCGAGCGUCCCUUCUCAAAACUGCGGCCUGGCAGAAAGCAAGCUGACGGAUCGGCGGCGAUCGAGUUUCUCCAGGCGAUCCUGUGCCCUGUGACGCCGAGGAAGGGCCUCCUCCGUGUCCUGCCGCCCUCCGCAGCCUUGCCCCGUGGACCAGUCCCAGAGGCCCCCGCACCCCCUUUGUAGGUGUCGGGGCUUGGCCCCAGCCCUCCCUCUUCGACUCCCAGGAUGGCGAGCAGCAGCGGCUCCAAGGCCGAAUUCAUCGUCGGAGGGAAAUACAAACUGGUCCGGAAGAUCGGGUCCGGCUCCUUCGGGGACAUUUACCUGGCGAUCAACAUCACCAACGGCGAGGAAGUGGCAGUGAAGCUCGAGUCUCAGAAGGCCAGGCACCCCCAGUUGCUGUACGAGAGCAAGCUGUAUAAGAUUCUGCAAGGCGGGGUCGGCAUCCCGCACAUACGGUGGUAUGGUCAAGAAAAAGACUACAAUGUACUAGUUAUGGACCUUCUUGGACCCAGCCUUGAAGACCUCUUCAAUUUUUGUUCCAGAAGGUUCACAAUGAAAACUGUACUUAUGUUAGCUGACCAGAUGAUCAGUAGAAUUGAAUAUGUGCAUACAAAGAAUUUUAUACACAGAGACAUUAAACCAGAUAACUUCCUAAUGGGUAUUGGGCGUCACUGUAAUAAGUGUUUAGAAUCUCCAGUGGGGAAGAGGAAAAGAAGCAUGACUGUUAGUACUUCUCAGGACCCAUCUUUCUCAGGAUUAAACCAGUUAUUCCUUAUUGAUUUUGGUUUGGCCAAAAAGUACAGAGAUAACAGGACACGGCAACACAUACCAUACAGAGAAGAUAAAAACCUCACCGGCACUGCCCGAUAUGCCAGCAUCAAUGCACACCUUGGUAUUGAGCAGAGUCGCCGAGAUGACAUGGAAUCAUUAGGAUAUGUUUUGAUGUAUUUUAAUAGAACCAGUCUGCCAUGGCAAGGACUAAAGGCUGCAACAAAGAAACAAAAAUAUGAAAAGAUUAGUGAAAAGAAGAUGUCCACUCCUGUUGAAGUUUUGUGUAAAGGGUUUCCUGCAGAAUUCGCCAUGUACUUAAACUAUUGUCGUGGGCUGCGCUUUGAGGAAGCCCCGGAUUAUAUGUAUCUGAGGCAGCUAUUCCGCAUUCUUUUCAGGACCCUGAACCACCAGUAUGACUACACAUUUGACUGGACAAUGUUAAAGCAGAAAGCAGCGCAGCAGGCAGCCUCUUCUAGUGGGCAGGGUCAGCAGGCCCAAACCCCCACAGGCAAGCAAACUGACAAAACCAAGAGUAACAUGAAAGGUUUCUAAGCAUGAAUUGAACAGAAGAAACGAGCAGAGCAGAUGAUCGGAGCAGCAUUUGUUUCUCCCCAAACCUAGAAAUUUUAGUUCACCUGUACACUAGCCAGUGGUUAUGACAACCAUUUACUUGGUGUAAAGAACGUAAUUUCAGUAUGAGCUGGCUCUGGGCAACACUGGUGAUGCCGCGUCCUGAGUUGUAGCCGCUGUAAUUGUGACUAUUAACUGAGAUAGUGAAACAUGGUGUCCAGUUUUCUAUUGCAUUUUUUCAAGUGGAAAAGUUAACUAAAUGGUUGACACACAAAUUGGUGGAGAAAUUGUGCAUAUGCCAAUUUUUUUCUUUUCUUAAAACCUUUUAUUUUUGAACUACACUGCUUGGAGGUGUCAUUUCAGAAGAACGGCAUGAACAGUCUUCAGCCACAGUUGGUGAUGGUUGUAAUGCUCACUAUUGUGCGUUCUUGGGGUUUUUUCCAUCCCUGGGGUUUGCAAGUUGUUCACUUAAAACAUUCUCAAAAUGGUCGGCUUCUUGUCUGCAAGCCAGCUGAUAUGGUAGCAACCAAAGAUUCCAGUGUUUGAGCACAUGAGAGACUGCCUGCUUACCUGUGCUAGAAGGACAGCAUCUACAGUGAAGACAGACAAACUUAGUGACCACUAGAUUACCUGUAGGACUCUGCAUUAGCCCUAUAAUGUUCUUGGUAUUAAAGAAAAAAACAUUUGUCACAGAAAAUUAGUUACCAUCUUACAAUUGAACAUGUAUGUACGUUGCUUAGAUAAAUGUAAUCACUGUAAACAUCUAUAUGAUCUGGGAUUUCGUUUUUAUUUUGAAAUGGGAGCUUUUUUUGUUUACAAGUUCAUUAAAAACUAAAAACUGUUUCUGUAAGUUUUUUAAAAACAGCAGCAACAACAAAAAACCUUGCUAACUCACUGAAAUCAAGAUAUCGCCCCAAUUUUUAAUAGACUCCUUCAAGCCAUUUGUUAAAUAUGUUCCUUUGCAAAUCAUUUUAGAUCCAGUGUUCGCAUCUAUCCCCUAUUCCUCUCCCACCCCCAAAUAAAUUCUGUAGGUUUUGGGUUUGUUUUGUGUUGUUGGUCUGAAGGGGAAGGGCAGUCUUUUUCCCCCCUGUGAUGUGGAGCCACAAUGCCCAGUUCUGCCACCGCCAGGACUCAAGUCUUGUCACUCCUGCUGCCUCUGACUUAACUGGGCUGAUCUUCUAGGAAUAAAAGCAUUAAAGGGUUUAACUACACAAGGACUUGCUUUAGAAUCUAGAGAAAUAGCUCUAACCAGAGUCAGCUCUGGGAGAGCAACCCUGCUGUGAGGGUCACCUUGUCACUGACCUUGCCUGGCCCCACCCACUUUUGUGAGUUCUCUCUUGGGGUUUCCUCUCAGUCUUACUUGUGAGCUCAUUUUCUGGCCCAAGAGGAAAAAAAAUCAUAAAGGUUGAUGAUAAUUCUUUAUUGAGUGGUGUAAUUUAUUCAUUUGUAGCAUGUCUGAAUGAAUUAAAAGCGUUUGUGUGGAAACAGCUGGGAGCCUGUUGUGUAAAUGUGGGUAUUUUGUACAAUAACCUUGAAACUGUAAAUGAUAACUGUUUGGUCAGAUUGUGUCAGGCUUAUUUUGUGGUUUUUGUUUUUAUUUCAUUUAAAAGAUACUUUAGCAAUAAUUCCAUGAUUACCAUCUUUGCAAUUAAGGGAUGUCUUAGUACAGUAGUACUACAGAAAUCUCUGAAAAUGAGUAUGAACUUUUUGGGGUAGGCAGCUUCUUUGUUUCUUUUCUAUUCACCUUUGUCAAUUAUUUGUUUCUUGACUAAUAAACCCUUUGAUACUUUUAGCCCGAAGUCAGUCUCAUAAAGCUAUUUUUGAGUAUAGUUUGUGUAAACUAAAACGUUUAGCUUUGGAAAUAGCUUUUCCAGGCUGAACUCCCUCUAGCAAGAUAUUUUUCAGUGCUUUUAUUUACUAUGCACUUAGACUAUGCACUUUUCUGAAAUAUUUUUGUAACACUUUUUUGUAUUUUGCCAUUUGAAAAGGUUGUGGUGUAGUUGCUUUGUAAUUAAGUUGCAGAUGUAAAACUGCUGUUAACUUUGUAAAUCCCAGUAGAGGUGUUUGUGUCCUGGUGUACUGUCGUUCCAUCUGCAGCUGGAGCUGGACCCCGCUGAACUUGUAGCUGCCAUUCAUUUUCCUCACAGUCCGCAAAAGAAGAAUGUGAAAUCCAGUGAGUGCUGUUCUUAAUCCUGCCUGGAGAUGAUCUCAUUUCACCAAAUUUAAACAUUGUUUUUCCACUAAAAUGAUGAGACAAGUUGAAGACAUCACUAUGAAAUUGGAAGACCUCGUGACUUAAGGCUCCACAGCAGCUUAUCAGCUGAACUCUAGGUUUCUGCUCUUUACUUUGUUCACCCGUGGAGGGUGUGGGGUUUUUUAAAUGUUGGGAGAUGGCCAUUCUAACUACUGUUGAAUGUCUGUGUUUGGGAAGGUAUAAGAAAAUAAAAGAAUAUCUAUUAAGGGA